AUGGUCGUAUCCGCACCCGUUCUGCUGGGAGGCGCUCCCUUGCCCGUGUCCGCGGACUUGUCCACUUUCUCCAAGGGGUCUAUAGCUGGCAGCAGGGGAAGAAAGAAGGAGAAGGGGCUCAUCACCCCUCUCGAAUACGCCCGGAAGCUUCAGGCGCAGUUCUCCGAGUUGGCCGCUCCCAGUAGGAGGAAGCAGGCGGAUAAACCGUUCCUACAAGGCAAACGAAUUUUCUAUUACGGCGGCGAUCUCAAUUACGCCGGACCCCAGACGUGCAACAGGAUGGAAAUCAUCACCCGGCAUGGCGGGGUGCUCGUUCCAGAGUACGAGCCGACAGAAAUAACGCACAUCGUCACCGACGCGGACGAGCGCGUCUUCCUGCGCGCCGUGGGCCUCAAGAAGCUUGCUGACAUCCCGCAGCACAUUCCGACCGUCAAAUGGAGCUGGGUGCUUUCCGGAUUCGACCGAACUCCUAUUAGGCGGCUCGCCGAGGGAAGUGGCAAGGAGAAGGCGCCGGAGAAAUCUACCGGUCAGGACCGGGGCAAGGACGUCAGCGAGAAGGACCUGGGCGACUUCGAGUAUCCUAUGGAUCACGAAUUCCAACACGCCUCGUUCCGAGAAUGCAUCGACGCCGGUCGCACGCCUUGGGGAGAGGCAGCAUGGCUGAAGUCUGAGCGAGCGGCACAGAUUAAAUCAUCCGCGAGUAGGGUUCAUCCUGAUACCGGUGCCAGCGGUAGCGCAGGCCCGGCCGCGCUGGGUCGCAGUGCGGACGAUAUCAGCAAUAUAUCCGACUUCACACAGGACGUUGAGCUCCCGCGUGAUGCUGCGACGAUCCACCCCCGUGAAGGACUUCCCUCUCCGCCCUCAUCUCCUGGCGGCCUACGUGUGGACGUAGUCGCUCGGCAAGACCUCAAGUCCAGGAUCCCGGGAGCCGCACACGCUCAUCGACCAUUCUCGUGGAACGAUGACGCACAGGCAGGUCCUUCAGGUAGUGGCGGGGCUCGAGACACGGUCCUGGCUACAUCGACGGACCCGCUGGCCGAGUUCUACGCCUCUGCGCGGGCCGAGCGAGAGGCAGAGAUGUUCCAUAGCGAGGACGUCGGGAGCACAGAAGGACGAGCACCGCCUCCGAAAGCCCCGAACCCUGUAGCUCGCCGCGAGGUCAUGAAGAAGGGGUUCAUUUGCGACGACAAGCCUGGAGGUCGAGCAGGACUCGAGGCGUGCCCAAACCAGGAUGUCAUCGACAAGCUGCAAGAGCUGAAGUUGCUAUAUCAAGUAAAGCCGUCCAAGGACGACGAGUGGCGGGUCAUGAGCUACAACAAAGCCAUCUCCGCUCUGCGCAAGUAUCCUGCCAGGAUUAAGAGCUACGAGGAGGCGGUGGCUAUCCGAGGGAUUGGCGACAAGACCGCGCGGAAGAUCAUGGAAAUUGUCGAAACGGGAAACCUCCGGCGCAUUCAGCACGAGCGGACCGAGGACGUCGCGUCUGUCCAGACGUUCCUGGGCGUGUAUGGCGUCGGGGCGAGCACGGCACGCAAAUGGUACAACAGCGGAUGUCGGACGCUGGAGGAUGUCGCGGCGCGCAAGGGCGGCAUCAAGCUGUCGACGGAGCAGGAGAUUGGACUGCGGUACUAUCAAGACAUCAACACGAGGAUACCCAGGGCAGAGGUCGCCGAAAUCUACGCCAAGGUCAAAGCCGCGGCUCUCAAGAUAGACCCAAAUGUUUUCAUCGAGGUCAUGGGGAGCUAUAGGCGAGGCAAACCUGACUGCGGCGAUAUCGACGUUCUGAUCACCCGCUGCACGGAUGACGGGAAGACUCACCAAGGCGUCCUCCGACGAUUGCUCAAGGAACUCCAUCGACAAGGAGUUGUCACAGACGAUCUGUGCCUACCCGACGACUUUGACGACCUAGAGUUGGUCUACCGCGGCCUGUGUCGAAGAGACUCGCACAGCUUGCGACGGCGAAUAGACAUCUUGACUGUUCCGUGGAAGUCAAGAGGGGCCGCGCUGCUGUACUACACUGGCGACGACAUCUUCAACCGCUCGCUCCGCUUGAAAGCAAACAAGAUGGGCUACUCCCUAAACCAGCGCGGACUCUACGCGGGAGUCAUUCGCAACCCGAACGACAGGCGACAGAAGACACAUGACGGUCACAUCGUCGCGUCGGAGAGUGAGGAGGAGAUUCUAAAGAUACUAGGUACGUACAAGUCCAACGCUCGCUCCGAAGUCAACGGUUAG